GCGAGCGGCGGCGGCGGCGGCUGCGCCUUAAAUAGCGUCCGGAGCCGGCGCGGGGCAGGCAGAGGGCUGCAGUGACAGCCGGCGGCGGCGGAGCGGCCCGGCCAGCGGAGGGGAAUUCAGCUUGGGGAACCACCAACACAGGACCAUGCAAGCCCACGAACUGUUCCGGUAUUUUCGAAUACCAGAGCUGGUUGACCUCCGGCAGUACGUGCGCACCCUUCCCACCAACACGCUCAUGGGCUUUGGAGCUUUCGCGGCACUCACCACUUUCUGGUACGCCACGAGGCCUAAGGCCCUGAAGCCACCAUGCGACCUCUCCAUGCAGUCAGUGGAAGUGGCGGGUAGUGGCGGAGCUCGGAGGUCCACGCUGCUGGAUGGUGACGAGCCCCUGGUGUAUUUCUAUGACGACGUCAGAACCCUGUACGAGGGCUUCCAGAGGGGUAUCCAGGUGUCAAAUGACGGCCCUUGUUUAGGCUCUCGGAAACCAGACCAACCCUAUGAGUGGCUUUCCUACAAACAGGUGGCUGACCUGUCGGAGUGCAUCGGCUCAGCGCUGCUGCAGAAGGGCUUCCAGGCCGCGCCCGAUCAGUUCAUCGGCAUCUUUGCUCAGAACAGACCCGAGUGGGUGAUUAUUGAACAGGGAUGCUUCACUUACUCCAUGGUCAUCGUUCCACUUUAUGACACCCUUGGAACCGAAGCGAUCACGUACAUCGUCAACAAAGCUGAACUCUCUCUGAUUUUUGUUGACAAGCCAGAGAAAGCCAAUCUGUUGUUGGAGGGUGUAGAAAAUAAGUUAACGCCAGGCCUCAAAGUCGUGGUUGUCAUGGACUCCUACGGCAGUGACCUGGUGGAGCGAGGCAAGAAGUGUGGGGUGGAGAUCAUCAGCAUGAAAGCCAUGGAGAACCUGGGAAGAGCCAACCGGAGGAAGCCCAAGCCUCCAGCACCGGAAGAUCUUGCAGUAAUUUGUUUCACAAGUGGAACCACAGGCAACCCCAAAGGAGCGCUGAUCACUCAUCGAAAUGUAGUGAGCGAUUGUUCAGCUUUUGUGAAAAUGACAGAGACUGCAGUCAAUCCUUGCCCAGAUGAUACUUUGAUAUCUUUCUUGCCUCUCGCCCAUAUGUUUGAGAGAGUUGUCGAGUGUGUGAUGCUGUGUCAUGGAGCUAAAAUAGGAUUUUUCCAAGGAGACAUCAGGCUGCUCAUGGAUGACCUCAAGGUGCUGCAACCCACCAUCUUUCCUGUGGUUCCCAGACUGCUGAACCGGAUGUUUGACCGAAUUUUUGGGCAAGCAAACACCACCCUGAAGCGAUGGCUGUUGGACUUCGCUUCCAAGAGGAAAGAGGCCGAGCUGCGCAGUGGCGUCAUCAGAAACAACAGCGUGUGGGACAAGCUCAUCUUCCACAAGAUCCAGUCAAGCCUGGGUGGAAAAGUCCGGCUGAUGGUCACAGGAGCAGCGCCGGUGUCUGCCACGGUGCUGACGUUUCUGAGAGCAGCCCUCGGCUGUCAGUUCUAUGAAGGCUACGGCCAGACCGAGUGCACUGCCGGGUGCUGCCUGAGCGUGCCUGGAGACUGGACAGCAGGCCACGUGGGUGCCCCAAUGCCUUGCAAUUUUAUCAAACUGGUCGAUGUGGAGGAAAUGAACUACCUGGCUGCCAAGGGCGAGGGCGAGGUGUGUGUGAAGGGGCCAAACGUAUUUCAGGGCUACUUGAAAGACCCAGUGAAAACAGCAGAAGCUUUGGAUAAAGAUGGCUGGUUACACACGGGGGACAUUGGAAAAUGGUUGCCAAAUGGCACCCUGAAGAUUAUUGACAGGAAAAAGCACAUAUUUAAGCUGGCACAAGGAGAAUACAUAGCCCCCGAAAAGAUUGAAAAUAUCUACCUGCGAAGUGAGCCUGUCGCCCAGGUGUUUGUCCACGGAGAAAGCUUGCAGGCGUUUCUCAUAGCAAUCGUGGUGCCGGAUGUGGAGACAUUGUGUCCCUGGGCCCGGAAGAAAGGCUUCGAAGGCUCGGUGGAAGAACUCUGCAGAAAUAAGGAUGUCAAAAAAGCCAUCCUGGAAGACAUGGUGAGGCUUGGCAAGGAGGGUGGUCUAAAGCCGUUUGAACAGAUCAAAGGCAUUGCUCUUCACAAUGAAUUAUUUUCCAUCGACAAUGGCCUUCUGACUCCAACGAUGAAGGCAAAAAGGCCAGAGCUCCGGAACUAUUUCAGGUCACAGAUAGAUGAACUCUAUUCCACCAUCAAGGUUUAGGACGAGGAAGACCGCUCAGAAGAAAUGACACACCUCCACCGUCUCUUCUGCUGCUGGCCUUCGUGAUGGUAACUGUGACUACAGCAAGCGUGGGGAAGGAAACAUUUGUGCUUGAUUGUCCAUUCGGGUUCUUGUCAUAGGAAUGCUAGAGGAAGUGGAACACUGCCUUACAGUCACCUCGUGCUGCAGGCCAUGUUCAUGGUGAUACACAAUUUCCAAAGUGAGCCUUAAACAUUGCAAAGGGGAAGCUAUCAGUGUGCUAAGUUAUUUGAGCCUUGCUCCGUUUUACAAAGGUCCACACUUCUGUCUCCCUGUUUUUCUACCCGAGGCGUUAGGACUUUGCUCUUUCUGAGAUAUCUGCUACCCACUGCAGAUCCUGCAGUUGUCUGCUGCUCGAGAGAGAGCGCAGUGCCCUGGAGGGGAGCAGCCCCUUCACACAGAACGGCCGUCCUGGCUGCAGCGUGUCACAAGAGGACCAGAGGUUUCUUUUCUUUCUUUCUUUUUUUUUAAUCCCUGCCACCUUCUCUUCCCAUCCCCAUCUCCCGUGCACUCCCAAGGCCCUUGUGAUUCAUAAGGGGUCCAGCAUCCCCUGCUGGAACGGGAGGUUCCCAGUGACCUGAGGACAGGCCCAGCACAGCAGGGCAGGUACCGACUCUCAGGAGAGCAGCUCUGCGCUCGCUCUCACACCGCUGAACUGAACGCUGAACGCACUCAGGCUCUGCUCUCCGGGCCCGCCCCCUCCCUCCGGCCCGCCCAGGGGCUACUGAAAAAUCUGCCUUAGACUCUCAACAGUGAAGACAAGCGUUUCAAGGAAGGAAGAAGUACUUGGCUCAACCACGCUCAGCUGUGAUGGCCAAACAACUGUCCGCUUUCUCUUCACUGAAGCACGCUGUUUGUAAUGGCCAACGGAUUUCUAAUGUGGUUUUCUUAUCAAAAGAUCAUGUUGUGAUUCACUUGCUUUUCUGCCCCCCAAAGAACUCUCAGGCAAAGCAUGUCUUCGAAACUAUUAAGGGACUAGAUACACUUGGGUACUUGAAAUGGACAGUAAUAAGCAAAUGUUCUUGAAUAUCAUAAUGCUACCUGAUUUCUAUGAAAUGUAUUUGACAAGCCAAAAUUCUAGGGUGUAGAAAUAAGGAAAAAUCAUUUCCUGGGAUUACCUUCUCAAGGUUUUGUUUUUGUUUUUGUUUUUUUAAGUUAAUUUGGGAAAUUAACAGCAUUUCACCCUAUUGCGAGUCUUUGCCACUUUUGACUGGAUUGAGCUUUCAUUUAUACAUUUAAAGCAGUUGUUUUUGGAUUUGUGAGAGAACAUGUGUUACACAAGCACAAAAGGGUUUGCACUAAUGAAUUGUCAUUGUAAUAACACUAUUUGGUAGCCUAACUUCAUAUAUGUAUUCUUAAUUGCACAAAAAGUCAAUAAUUUGUCACAUUGGGGUUUUGAAUGUUUGCUUUAAGUGUUGGCUAUUUCUAUGUUUUAUAAACCAAAAAAGAAUUUCCAAAAACAAUGAAGGAAACCAAAAUAAAUCUUUCUGCAUUUGAA